GUUACUACGUUGAAUCAUUAGUCAGUUCUUCAGAAGGUUUACCACGCCUCUCUGUUUACAUGUCAAGUUCAAUAAUUUGUCAUCGCAACUGUCAGUAAGAUAUUCAAUACAUAUCUCUCAUAUGUAUAUAAAAAUAUAUUAGCGAAGGAUACAAAAUGCAUUACGGAAAAAAAUCACCUACAACGGGCACACCUUCUGUUUACUCACAUACAACUUCAAGAAGUAAUGCUAAUUUACACAGAUCUUCUAGAAGUUUAAAAUCUUUAAGAGUACCUUGGUAUCAACAACCUUUAGUUCAAGAUGCAAUUUUUUUAGAUGUUCAACGAGCUUCUUUUGUUACAGCUAUAUUUUCAUUGGUGCUAUCAAUCUUUACAAUAAUAACAGCUUGUUUUGAUUUAUAUUGUUAUGCUAUGGCUGCACCAGGCUCUACACAUUAUGGAUAUUAUGUGAUAUCUUUCCAAUUUGUAUAUGUUGGAAAUAGACAUGUGAGAAAUACAUUGGUAAUGUUUGCUACAUUCUCUAUCCUGCUAUCUAUAGUGGUGUUUGUUACGAGCAUAAUGUUGAUAAAUGCUCUAAGAAAGGAGUAUGAAAAGAAGAUGCUACCAUGGUUAUACACGUUUGCAGUAUUCACAAUAUUUAGAUUUCUUGCGUACCUGUUUUUCUCUAUUAUAAAUGAUAUGAUAUUUGCUUAUAAUAUCAUCAUAUGCCUUUUAUGGACUAUCUUUAUUGUAUUAAGUGUAUAUGGAUGGGUUUUGGUGUAUUCACUAUAUAUUGAAUUAUCCGAACUAACAAGAUUGGAAGAUUUGGCACAUUUGAGGAUGGGCACUAUGCAAUCUCUAAACACAUCGACAGCCCCGUCUCUAGCGGGUUCUCGCCCAACGACCCCGCACAGUACAGUUUCGACGAUGCCGGCCUAGAGGAGAUACCUUUGGAUACAAUACCUGCAUAUUGGCCUCAGAAAACAAAACCACCCAUCGUCUCAACAAUAUACUAAAUUUUUUAUACUUGGAAUAAUAAUAGGUAAUUCAUAUACAAUUGGGAUACAAUUUAGCUAUUAUUAUUUCCAGCUAUAUAUAAAUCAAAAUUAAUUGAACUAAAGUAAUAUUCAAAUAUUUUCAUAAAGAUCAAAAGAUAUUAUAAGGAUACCUUUUGUGGUAGAUCCUUUCAGUGUGGCUUACCAUAAGAUAUUUCAUUCAUAUGCUUGAUUCCUACUGAAAGUAUAAAUUAUUUAUAUUGUAAGUUGAUACCUUUUAUUCAAUCUGUGGAAAGAAUUAUGUAACUAUUUCUUGUUUUAAUCAAAUCUUGCAUCUUAUUUAUGCCCUUAUUAAAUAUUGACAAAACGUUCCAUUUCAAAAUUGUUGAUUAAUACUACUUCUGCAUUGAUACAGACUGUGUAACUUUUUAAAUUAAAAUUCUUUUCGUGUAAAUUUUAAUAUUGAAAAAUAUUUAUUCAAAAUUUCCUUAUUUUCACAUCUAAAUAGAUGUACAAAUAAUUGAAUUAUCAAAAUUGCUAUAUAAGACUAAAUGAAAAUUAUCGCCAUAUUAAGACACAAAUUAUUUUUAGUUGUUAUAUUUUACUCUUAGAUAACAAUAUUUGUAAAUACUUGGACCAUUUUUCAUAGUAUUAUUGAGAUGAUGAGCACAAUUAUUUCCAUGAAAGGUAGAUGAUGGAUUCUUAAAUUAUUAUGUUACAUUUUACUAUGUCUGAAUGGCUUUUUUAAGGUUUUAA